AUGGCCUCCCUACAUUACAGGAGUGCUUCAGCCACCGACCGACGAAGCACUCAUCUUCCCGGUGGCUCAUCUCGUGUGAAUUCGACUCGAGCCAGAGACUAUGAAAGACCCUUUGCCCGCGACACUGGCUCUCCCAUAUACCCCACCGGCUACAGCGAGGCCGGCGAAGGGUCGCACAAGCAUUCCAAAAGCGAGAACAGGUUCAGUGGACUUGAACGACGGCGGGAAAAGUCUACUGUGACUACAACUGAGACGCUGUUGACCCGACGAAGUCCAAGGAAGGAGACUCUGAAUGGGGAUGGCCGAAAGAACAAUGUCGAUCACCGACAAAGUGCUGGCAGUGCCGUCCCUAAACCACCAUCUAAGGAGGAAGACACUGGACCAUGGACUCCUUCUGUGUCGCUGAUUCCACACUCCUCUGCGCCACUAGCGACCAGAAUACCGGCGCCGCCGGUAUCUCGCAAUGCGCCCUCCGCCUUAGACCCGGUGGCGCUGGAGACCAUGUCAAUGCAAGAGCAGGAACGAGCAAUAUUAGACGAUAUGCUCUAUGUCUUUCUGGGGUUUGAAGGACAAUAUAUCCGCUUUCGAGACAGUUACAAUCCGGCCGAUGAGAAAGAGCGCCUCAAUGGGCCUCCUUUCGAUCCACUCCCGGGCUUGGACCCCAGUCUGAGGGACUUGACAAGAUCAAUGCUCUCUAUGGCCACCCAUCAUUGCGCACUAGAAGCUUUUGUCGAGAUCCAAAGCAGAGAGGAGUUUGGCUCAGUGAAUCACGCCCUUUGCGCAGCGAUUCGAAACCUCCUAAAAGACUUUCUUAUUCUCGUUGCUCAGCUGGAGAUGAAAGUCUUGAAUGACUCGGCUUUUACCCUUCACCAAAUGCACAUUGCCAUCAUCCCAACGAUGCAAUGUCUGGCGCAACUGUAUUCGUUAGCGCAGGAGCUGCUUAAAAAGAAUUCUCUUCUUGAUGAAGAUAUCGAUGAUUCUAUUGACGACUUUGACCCGGACAACAUCAUCGAGCGGCUCAAGGAGGGGGGUGAUUUACUACCAGGAAGUCUCAGCCAUAAGAAAUGCACCGGGGGCAAUGUCUUGGGCCUCUUGACACACCGUCUUUCUACCUUCUCUGGAGACCCCGCCGCCCGACGAAUCCUCGAGAUGCUGUUACGAGAAUCUAGCAGACCAUACAUGGUCAUGCUAAAUGAAUGGCUUCAUCAUGGUGGCAUAAAUGACCCCCAUUCGGAAUUCCUGAUUGGAGAGAGAGCAAGCAUCAAACGAGAGCGGCUGGACGAAGAUUACACCGACGAAUACUGGGAGAAACGCUACUACAUCCGGGAAAAAGAGAUUCCUCCACAGCUCGAGGCGGUUAAGGACAAGGUUUUGUUGGCCGGGAAGUAUCUCAACGUGGUCCGUGAGUGCGGUGGUGUCAAUGUCUCCAGCAAAAUAGUCGACACUCCGGCGACAUUUGACGAUCCACGUUUCCUCGACAAUGUCAACAACGCUUAUUCCUUCGCAAACAAGGAGCUCCUCCACCUCCUUCUGACCAAGAACUCGCUUCGAAGCCGACUGCGGUCGAUGAAGCAUUAUUUCUUCCAGGACCGCGCCGAAUUUUUCCUGUAUUUCCUCGAAUUGAGUGAAUCAGAGCUGCGGAAAAAGCACAAGGACGUCAACCUCGGCAAACUGCAGUCGCUCCUCGAUCUGGUACUCCACCAGCCUGGUAGCAUAGCCGUGGCAGAUCCAUUCAAAGAAGAUGUCAAGGUGAAGAUGAACUCGGUGGGUUUGACGCAAUGGUUGAUCAAGGUCGUCAAUGUGCAAGGCAUGGACCAGGACAAUCCAGAGUCCAUGAUGGACCAGUACAAGACUCCGGCGACGGCGCAAGCCCCAUCGGCGGAAAAGCCUCGAAAGGACAAGAAGGAAGACGAAGAGAAAGAGAUCAUUGGAUUCGACGCCCUCGAACUCGACUAUACAGUUCCGUUCCCGUUGUCGCUGAUCAUCAGCCGCAAGACGGUGAUGCGGUACCAGCUGAUUUUUCGAUACACGCUAGCUCUGCGGCAUCUCGAGACCCAACUGGUGGGAUGCUGGGCCACGCAUACCAAAGAGAAAGCGUGGAUCCACAAGUCCUCGGACCGAAGGUUUGAGCUCUGGAAACGGCGAGUGUGGACGCUUCGGUCUCGCAUGCUCGUCUUUGUCCAACAAAUGCUCUUCUUCGCCACGGCCGAGGUGAUGGAGCCUAAUUGGCAAAAGCUCAUGGUCAAGGUUGAUGAUGCCGAGCGGGAUGAAACGGAAGAGUUGGAGAUGAAGCCCGGUCUGCAUCGCAAAUCCAAGCCGACCGUGGACGAACUGAUGCAGGACCACGUUGACAUGCUGGAUUCAUGCAUGAAAGACCUCGGGCUCACGCAGGCGAAACUCCUGCGAUUGCACGCCAAAUUGAUGACAGGCUGUGGAAUGUUUGCCGCCUACGUCGACCACAUCACAAAGACGCUGUACGAGGCCGACCCGAGCAUCCAGUCCGGCCCAGCCAAGUCGAAAGGAACGGUGUCUCAACCACCACCGCCCACCGACCCGGCCCGAAUGAAGAGGAUAGAAGAGUCGAUCAGGAAAUACGAGGAGCAUUUCAACCGGCACCUGAAGAUAUUGAUCGACGCUCUCAACUGGUUUGCAACCACCGAGACCGUGUCCUUGCUCAGCCUCUGCGGGCGGCUGACCAAUGCGGAAGUGCAGAAACGGGACGAUCUGUUUCUUUGA